CCAACUGUCAAACAAGACAUUACGCAGAAAUCAACUAAUACCACCCAACGAAACAAAUUCGAGUCACCCCGGUAUCACAAUGUGCUCCAAUCAAGUAUACAUUUUAUCAGGGUGCAGGACCGCAAUUGGUAACUUCCAGGGCCAGUUUGAUAAAACCCCGGCAGCAGUUUUAGGUUCGGUGGUAAUUUCAGAAGCCCUAAAACGGGCUGCAAUCAGUCCACAGGACGUUGAUCAAGUGAUAAUGGGUCAAAUUCUCACAACGGGUCAAGGACAAAACCCCGCACGUCAAGCCUCCGUGGGUGCCCACAUCCCGUAUUCUGUUCCUGCAUACAGCAUCAACAUGUUGUGUGGAUCUGGGUUAAAAUCCGUCUGCCUAGCCUAUCAAGCCAUACGUAACAAAGAUAACGAAAUUGUUGUGGUUGGAGGGCAGGAGAACAUGUCUAGGGCUCCACACUGUGCCUACAUUCGCGGGAAUAGAUUCGGGGGUGUUGAUUUUAACGAUACUGUAAUCACAGAUGGGUUAACCGACGCUUACCAUAACGUCCACAUGGGGAAAACGGCGGAGUAUCUGGCUAAAGAGUAUAAAAUAACCCGGGAAGCUCAAGAUAAAUUCGCGCUAGAAUCACAAAGAAAAGCACAAUUCGCUAUUCAAGAGGGUCACUUUAAGAAGGAAAUUGUCGGGGUUGUGGAUGCGAAAACCGGGAAGAUUUUGGAUAGGGACGAAUUUCCAAAAGGUGACACUAGUUUGGAAGGAUUGGCCAGACUGAGACCAGCUUUUGACGCCAAUGGAAGCGUAACUGCGGGGACUUCAUCUGGGAUUAAUGAUGGAGCUGCCGCGUUGGUGCUUUGUAGCGAAAAUCAAGUACAACUGAGGCAUUUACAACCUCUGGCCAAAGUCGUGGCGUUUGCAGAAGUCGGGAUUGAUCCGAUGUCCAUGGGUCUAGGGCCUAUAGAAGCCGUGAAGAAAGUGUUAGCCAAAACGGGGUGGUCCAAAGAAGAUGUGGAUCUAUACGAGCUUAAUGAAGCUUUCGCCGUUCAGAGCAUCCUGGUGAUAGAAUCUCUGCAAGUCGAUGAGCGCAAAGUCAACAUUAGUGGAGGCGCUAUUGCUUUGGGACACCCUAUAGGUGCUUCAGGAGCCCGCGUUCUUGUCACCUUGAUUCACAACCUGCAAAGAUUGGGCAAACGGAAAGGAAUCGCAUCUUUGUGCAUUGGGGGAGGUAUGGGUAUAGCGAUGGCCAUUGAAAUGUGUUAGACGGUCAAAAACUGGUGCCCGACAUCUCACCGUAAUACAAAAAAAUUGGAAUCCCAAGUUCAAAACUUCAGGUGCUGUGACCAUAUUUUCCGUGAUUCUGUGCCAAAGCGAUGGGAUUCUAUGUCAAAUCGAUGGCUUUCGUUACAACUAACUCAAAUCCGGUGGGUUCCUUGUCAUUUCUGUCGUGCUCCGUCCUAACCUAAUUUUGACAAACUGUCGUACAGUAUCUGAUUUUACAGCGACUGGAGGGGCAUUUCAGGGACAGUGAUCUUGAAAGUUUUCGGACCACCAUCGUCCGUUCUACAUAAAGCAAACACCAAGUCAACGAUAUUCAAGAUUUACUUAUACUCCGUAAUAUUGCUUAAUCACAUUUUAAUACAAAAUUGCUAAUGAUAUUAAAUAAAAAUUACGGAUUAGAUUUGUAC